UAAAGACGCAGGCGCCGUUUUUUUGCGGAGAAGCCGCGCCCGCCCGCGACUCUGCUCGGAAAGCGGCCGCUGGGAGGGAGAGCGGAGCAGGUCGGGGCGCGUGUUUCCCUUCCUCCGGUGCCCAAUCCACUCUUUGGCAGGAAAAGAAUGCCUGCCCAUGGCAAGAAAAGAGGCAGGGCAGCCUUGACAGCUACCAAACAGCCCAAAUUGGCUAAAACUGAGAUCCAGAAGAAGGAGGGAUCUAAACUAACCAGUUCUGGAUUGAGGAAGACUGGGACAAGCGUAAAAAAAGAUGCUGGAAUUGAGAAAAGUAAGACAGUUUAUACUCACUGGCUUAUGAAGUCUGAACCGGAGAGUAGGUUGGAAAAAGGAGUUGAUGUGAAGUUUGGCAUUGAAGAUUUAAAAGCUCAGCCUAAUCAAACAGCUUGUUGGGAUGGAGUCAGGAAUUAUCAGGCAAGGAAUUUCCUGCGGGAUAUGAAGGUUGGAGAAGAAGCUUUUUUCUACCACAGUAAUUGCAAGGACCCUGGGAUUGCAGGUAUCAUGAAGAUUGUUAAAGAGGCUUACCCUGAUCACACCCAAUUUGAAAAAAGUAGUCCGUAUUACGACGCUUCCAGCACAAAGGAAGACCCCAGGUGGUCCAUGGUCGAUGUCCAGUUUGUGCGAAUGACCCAGCGGUUCAUCCCUCUGGCUGAACUCAAGGCCCAUCACCAAGCCCACCAGAAGUCUGGAGGCCCUCUGAAAGAGAUGUCUCUGUUCACAAGACGGAGGUUGUCCAUCCAACCCGUCAGUGAGGGUUUUCUGACAAGACCAGCUGGAUGGUCCCAGCGGAGCCACACCGUCCAAGCAGGAAACAAAUUCGGCAGAGUAUAUCAGGCAGAGAAGCAACAGAGAAACUCCUGAGAUGAGGAUCUUCUUGGAAUCUGUAGUUGUGGAUCUGCUUCAUCCUUUCCUGCAGGAGCUUAAAGCUGGAGGUCCUCUUCCAACUUCUCCCCACCACAAAAGGGACACUGGACUGAAAAAGAACGACUGGAUCAGAAAGAGACCAAAAUCGUAGUGUUGUGCUUUUUUUCAGGAGGCAACUGGACUUUCUUGUGUUUCUUUUGAAGACGUUUCGCUUCUCAUCCAAGAAGCUUCUUCAGCUCUGACUGGAUGGUGGGGAGUGGAAGGAUUUAUAUUGCUUGCAGACCCUCUCUUCUUUGUGGCAGCUCUUUAGAUAUUGGAAGAUGCUAUCAUGUCAUCCCUAGUCCUUCUUUUCAUUAAACUAAGCAUACCCAAUUCCUGCAACCGUUCUUCACAUGUUCCUUGGCUACAUUACCAGCCACAAGGCUCACACAUCUAAGAAGUUCA